AUGCAGGUCAUCUCGCACACGUCGCUGUCGUUUUCGCGGCUGGUGCGGUACCUUUCGCGGCCGCACAACCUGCCCUCGGCGCUGCACACGCGCAACACGCUGCUGUCGGCCUACUGCGGCCAGGAGCUCUAUCCGCCCGCGGCCGACCGCGACGUCGACGACGCCGCGCGCUGGCGGACGCUGGUCGGCUUCCUCAACUCGUCCGCGCACGCCGUGACGGCAGUCGGGCCCGUGCCGCGCGAGGUCCUCGUCGAUGCCGUCUCGAACGGCACGCACGCGGCAACCGGACAGGACGAGCCGGACGAGCCGGACGGUCCGUGGGGCCUGAUUGUCACGGCCAUGCGGUGGAAGAUGCCAGCAGGCACGCCCAAGCCCCCGCGUAUCCAGAUCUGGCUCAACCCUCGACCGCCCACCUCUACGGCGACGGAGCACGAGUGGCAGCAACGCAGGAGGGCGCUGGCCACCUGGAUAUUUGCAGAGUGGCUACCGCAGUACGCCAGGGCGAUCCACCAGGCCGCCAUCGCCGACCCUUCCGGAGCAGAUGCAUCGAGACCGCGCGAGGCGACCAAUGGCAAGGUCGAGAUGCAGUCGAUUGUCUUUUCGGGCAUGGAACGCUACCUCGUCGACCUCUGCCGGCAGAUCAUCGCACAAGACGGUCCAGCAGGAGGACGAGGGGGGAGUGUGCAGUGGGAGAACCCGUGUUUCCAGUUCCUCCGCCGAGUCGAGCCCGACCGCGCUCCAGAGGUGGCGCUGCCAGACGAGUGGCACGAGGGCCCCAUCACCGAGGACGACGUCGAGCUGGUACGAUCGAGCAACAAGCUGGCGUUCCCGAUCGAGAUGGUGCGGAGCCGCGUGCACAUCUCGGUCCUGCUGCGGCAUCGUGGCGACGGCCACGCGGGGCAGAGCCGGGCCAUGGGUUGGGCGUACACGCACGAAGACCUCUCGAUCGGCUCGCUCAACGUCGUGCCCGAGUACCGGCGCUCCAAGGCGUUUGGACGCGGCGUCGGCGCCACCGUCGUCGCCCGGCUCGAGCCCAAGAUCGUCGCUGCGGCCCGCGCCGCCCUCGAAGCAGCGGGGGUGGCCCAGCCUGCGACAUCGACGCCCGCCCACGACGAUGCCGGUCCGUUUGACUGGACGCCGUGCUGCGCCAUGGUCGAGGAGGACAAUGCCGUCUCCCGCGCCUUUUUCACCAGGCUAGGGUACCAGCAGGUGCUGCGCAACUCGUGGAUCGGCAUCCAAGUGCCCGUGUAG